GCCAUCGGCGAAUAUUUGGAAAUUUUCCAGGUUCGUGUGUCUAGCGCCCGGGAGUUCACUACUUUGCACCAUUUCCAACCUGCUGCCGAGUCAUGAGCAAGCAGCAACCAGGUAGCAUUAAAAUAAAGCCAAAGCGACUUUCGAUUCGGCGUACAGCACGCUCGCCAAACCGAAUGGGCUCCGAAAGAUUACGCCAUGAUGCGUUUGACCAAGAUCGCGAGAGCCCUCUUCCACCCGAAGUUCGUUCAAGAUUAUGGACACUAUUUGCUCAGAUUGAAAGAGAAUUCGAGAGCCAAUACGCUGAAAACAUUGCCUUGCAAGAGCGAGUUGAAGCUUUGAAUGAGAAGUUGGAUGUUGUGCUCAGUGGAGGAGAAAAGAUACUGGAUGGAGAAAUGUCAACUGAAGGUGGCCCAGCUAAACCUGGAUACGGCAAAAAACCAUCUGCAAGCCAGUUGAUGUCACAGAAGCUGAAAACUACCUAUAAGGCUUCCACCAGUAAGAUUGUUUCAAGUUUCAAGACUCCAAAUCAAGUGCCCAGCAUUGAUUGCCACAGGGCACGGAGCUAUGCUGGACACAGAGAUGGGGUGUGGGAAGUUUCCUGUGCUAGACACUCGUCCACCAUGAUAGGAACAGCAUCAGCAGAUCGUUCAGCCAGGCUGUGGGAUGCAGAAACAGGGCAGUGUCUACUCAAAUACUUGGGCCACAAUGGAUCUGUUAAUUCCAUAAGAUUCCAUCCAGCUGAUGCAAUCAUUUGUACAGGGUCAGGAGAUGGUACUUGUCACAUAUGGAGGGCACUAGAUUCAACUUCAGAACAGCGCUCCCAUCCAGGAUCAGCAGAUGAAGCAGACAAUAUAACAGAUGAGGAAAUUGAUGGGUUUGACAAUGCAGAUGCUGGAAUAGCUGCCAUUGUUUUGAAAUCUCCUCUCUGUGAAUUGAAGGGACACGAAGGGGCAGUAAUUGCAGCUGAUUGGUUUACUUCAGGAAAGCAGGUGGUCACUGCUUCGUGGGAUCGAAGUGCAAAAUUAUGGGAUGUGGAGACAGCUGAACAAGUUCAUCAGUUGACUGGUCAUGAUCAAGAACUAACACACACCUGUACCCACCCCACUCAGCAACUGAUUGUCACUUCCUCCACUGACACAACAUUCCGUUUGUGGGACUUUCGGACACCUUCCAUUCAUUCAGUGAAUGUGUUCCAGGGACACUCUGACACAGUCAGAUCAACUGCUUUUACGACAAAGGAUAUCGUUGUAAGUGGCAGUGACGAUAGAACUGUUAAGGUCUGGGAUCUGAAGAACAUGCGCUCUCCUUUGACAACAAUCAGCACGGAUUCGUCGAUAAAUAGACUCUCUGUAUCACCAGUAAAUAAUGUGAUUGCCCUUCCUCACGACAAUCGACAUAUUCGGUUGUUUGACAUAAGUGGUGUGCGACUCGCGCGACUUCCUCGUAGGAAUGGUCAGGGUCAUCAACGAAUGGUUUGCUGUACUGCUUGGGGAGAAGAAACCAGCGCCAAGGCUUGCAAUUUGUUUUCAUGUGGUUUCGACAGAAGAGUGCUUGGGUGGCAAGUCAGAGAAGAGAAGGAUAAGUGAUUGGGAAGAGUUUGCGGGCGUGAAGCUGUCACGCAACGAUUUACUCUAUUGCUCGUCACGCAACGUUCCUCAGUGGAGGGAAGAGUCGCGUGA